GGUUUAGUCAUCCAAUGGAACGGAAUGACUCACUGCGGACGCUAUCAACACGGAAUUCAACGAUAAAAAAUAAGAAAACAACACAUCUCAUACCAGUAAACGUUGCUCGGUUGUUCGUCGCGGUACAGUCCAACACUGAUUACCAGUCGGCGUUGUCAGAAGACGAAUCCACAUCUACGCGCUUCCCUUUUGCGUUCCAUUUCCAAAAGUCGCACAGACAUUGACGACAUCAUGACUGCUGUGGCCAACAGACCUCCAAAGUUGGACGACAACAACAAGUCGCCGACCAUACGCACCCUGAACUUGAACGGACAUGUCGGCUUUGACAGUAUGCCUGAUCAGUUGACUCACAAAUCUGCCCAAAAUGGAUUUGUGUUCAACAUACUUUGCAUUGGUGAAACUGGUUUGGGCAAAUCAACUCUUAUGGACUCGCUGUUCAAUACUAAUUUCGAGUCUACACCAUCGACACACAAUUUACCUAACGUUAAACUCAAAGCUCAUACAUAUGAAUUGCAAGAAAGCAAUGUUCAACUCAAGUUGACCCUUGUUGAAACAGUUGGCUAUGGUGAUCAAAUAAACAAAGAAGAUAGUUUCAAAUCCAUUGUAGACUAUAUUGAUACACAAUUUGAAUAUUACUUACAAGAAGAAUUGAAAGUCAAACGUUUACUGUCUACAUAUCAUGAUACUAGAGUUCAUGCUUGUUUAUAUUUCAUUUGUCCUACAGGUCAUGGAUUAAAAUCUAUUGACUUAGUCUGUAUGAAAAAACUUGAUACUAAAGUAAAUGUUAUUCCAAUUAUUGCUAAAGCUGAUACUAUAUCCAAGUCUGAAUUACAAAAGUUUAAAACCAAAAUAAUAACCGAGUUGCGAUCAAAUGGUGUUGAAAUCUAUCAGUUUCCUACUGAUGACGAAACAGUAGCUGACGUCAAUUCUACCAUGAAUUCUCAUAUACCAUUUGCUGUAGUUGGUAGUACAGAUUUUGCUAAAGUUGCAAACAAAAUGGUACGUGCUCGUCAAUAUCCAUGGGGAACAGUUCAAGUUGAAAACGAAUCGCACUGUGAUUUUGUUAAACUGAGAGAAAUGCUGAUUAGAACAAAUAUGGAAGAUUUGAGAGAAAAAACUCAUGAAAAACAUUAUGAGUUAUAUCGAAAAAUGCGCUUAGAACAAAUGGGCUUUAGUGAUGUGGAUAAUGAAAAUAAACCAUUAAGCUUCCAGGAAUCUUUUGAAGCAAAGCGUAGUCAUCAUUUGCAAGAACUUCAGAACCGUGAAGAUGAAAUGAGACAAAUGUUUGUUGUCAGGGUAAAAGAAAAAGAAGCAGAACUAAAAGAAGCUGAAAAAGAGUUACAUGCCAAAUUUGAUAAAUUAAAACGAGACCAAGAUGAUCAAAAAAAGAGAUUGGAAGAGCAAAGAAGAAAAUAUGAAGAAGAUCUUAUGGAAUUCAGCAAAAGAAAGACACAGUACUCAAACAUGGGACAUCAUACGCUCACUUUAGGCAAAAACAAAAAAAAAUAAAUUUUUCCAAUUAUCAAUUUGAUAAACCAAUGUUUUUAUACAUUAAGAAGUGAUCUUUUACUAUCAUAAAUAUUAUAAUUUAAUUUACAUAACUAAUAAAAUUAUUUAAUAUCCAUUCCGUUAAUAUUAAUGGAUUAAUGACUUAUUAAUAGUUUAAUAUAAAUUAAACAGUUUGUAACUAUUAUUAUGUAUGAAAAAUAAUUAUUAUUAAUAAACCAAAAUAAGAAGUACAAUUAAACUAUCUCGUAUUCUGAUGAUUCAAAAUUUAGUCACAUAAAAGUUGUUAAAGUUAGGUAAUUUAUAAGUAAUAUUUUUUGCAUUGUAUAUAUAGUAUUGUUUUACAUAUUGAAUAUUUACCACACUGUAAUAGAACUUAAAUCGCCAUAUAAUAAAAUUAAAAAAUUCAACAAACAAGUCUUAAGUAAUAAUCUUUUAGGAAAAAAAAAAGAACAUCUGGUGUUUGUUGAGAAUAUAAUUAGCCUUGCAAUAUAACUUUUUUUUCUUCAAAAUAUUUUAUUUUAAAAGUAAACGAUCAAAUCAAAGUAUAUACUGACUAAAUAUAUUGGAAACUACCAACAUUAAUGUUGGCCAUGUAUGUGCAAAAUUUGUAUUUGUAUGUGCCAAAUUUUAAAUAUAAUAAUAAAUAGGAUAUGUAAA